UGAGGCUGAGAGUGCAGUCGGUGCCCUACCAGCAUCUGUUCCUUUUUUGCCCUCAAAAAUAGAUCGGUGCUGAUAACUGCCUCAUGUUAUAGCUACAUCACUUCCCGUCGAGGCAAAUGUGUGCGCUACUUUCAUUUUAAUCAGAGCCAGUGACCGGAGGUGGUGGAGGCUCAAAUGCGCAUCGUUCUGCGCAUCUUUGAAUCUUUAGAACUGCACUCUGGACAAUCUCCCUGACAUCCGAGGACCUUUCUCCUCCACUAUCCGACGAGGCUUUCCUACACCUAUGGCUGGACACCACCAGGAGGACUUUAAUAACAUUGCUUUAACAUAUCCCUACUUUUGAGAAAACCCGAUAAUAUGCUGGGCCCGUUUCUCUAGAUCACCACACGAUCUUGCCUCCCAUAUUCGUCCGAGCGAGACCCCGGUGCACAGCAAGCCGUGACGAUGCGUUCGAACGCACAGAUGCUGGCCCUGGUGGUCUGCCUGAUGCUGCCAUUCGUCUCGGCGCAAAAUGCUGGUUUUGAGAAGUCGCCAAUGUCCGAGACUAAGCUUACGGGGGACGCCUUUGAGCUGUACUGCAGUGUGGUUGGUAACCCAACACCGGAAAUCCAGUGGUGGUACGCUGAAAUCAACCGCGUAGACUCCUUCAAGCAGUUAUGGGACGGAGCUAGGAAACGCCGGGUGACCAUAAAUACAGCGUAUGGAGCCAAUGGGGUCAGUGUGCUCGGGAUCACGCGGCUGACACUGGAGGAUUCUGGGACCUACGAGUGCCGAGCAAGUAACGACCCCAGACGGAAUGACCUGCGACAAAACCCCGCCAUCACGUGGAUCCGUGCCCAGGCCACCAUUUCAGUGCUACAAAAACCAAAGAUCAAUGCCUCUGAUCAGAUCAUUCUGCCAUUGGAUGGUUCAAUCAAACCAGUCAUCCUGCAGUGUAACCUCACAUCUGCCCACACUUCUCACAAGGAAAGCUUCUGGAUGAAGAAUGGGAAUGAACUCACCAAUACAAGAACUGAGCACAGACACACAACAUACAGAAUCACUAAGCCACGGGCUGAUGAUUCUGGGGAAUACAUGUGUGUUUACACAUUUGACAUGGCACCUAAUGCUAACGCAACAAUUGAAGUAAAAGCAAAACCUGAUAUUAUUGGCCAUAAGCGAAGUGAAAACAAGAAGGAAGGGGAGAAUGCAACACUAUAUUGCAAGUCAGUUGGCUAUCCUCAUCCUAUCUGGUCGUGGCACAAAGUUGAUGGAGCUUCAAACACAAACACGGAAAUAGACAACUCCACUGGACGCUUCUUCAUAACAAACAGAGACAACUACACAGAGCUCAACAUACUCUACUUGGAUAUUAAUACAGACCCUGGAGUGUAUGAAUGCAAUGCCACAAAUCUGAUCGGGACAACUGCCGAAACAACCAUUCUUCGUGUGCGCAGUCAUCUGGCACCACUUUGGCCUUUCCUUGGUGUACUCGCAGAAAUUCUCAUUCUAGUAGUAAUUAUAGUUGUGUAUGAGAAACGCAAAAGACCAGAUGACAUUAUGGACGACGACGAACCUAUAGGACCAUUGAAAACAAAUUCAACAAACAACCACAAGGACAAAAACAUUCGCCAGAGGAAUAUGAAAUAAGCAAUACCCACAAAUCAGAUGGCUAAGCUGCAUAUUUUGAAUACAUGAAGGCAUCAAAGGUGGAGUGCAGGCGGGAAUGAAAAAAAGCAUAUCUGUCUGACUUGAGAAACAAUAUCAGCAUAACACUGGCAUCAAAGAGAACAUAAUGGCUGUCUAAAGCAUGCCUUAUUCAGUCUUACAUGGAAAUUUUGGGAGGAAUAAUAAUGACUAUAAACCACCACAAAGGUGUACACAUUUUUUAAUGUGAUGUUGAUGUCUCCUUUAUUAAUUUCAUCUUGUCCUCAAAAGAGGUGAUCCCUUUUGUAUUACAUAUCAUGUACAAUGCAUGCAAGAUAAAUACGCAAUAGGAUACUCAGAAUUGACAUUUUCUGUUGUUAUCCCUCGUGUGGCUUUUUGUUGGAAAUGAUGUAUGUUUUUUAUAUAUAGCAAUUAGUUAUAUUCUUGAAAUUUGUACAGCAUAUCAUGGCCAUUCAUCCAUGUUUGAAUUUGUGACAUAAAGUCCACUUUGGAGGAGAUUUUUAUUUUGAAGCAAGGGCUUCAAGGACAGGCAGUAUUUAUUGAGUGGGGAACUUUGGUGUGUUUAACUUACAGCUUAACAAAUUAUAUGUGUAUUAUUUCUAUUUUCUUUCCAGAGUUAUUAGGUGUCUUGUAUAUGUUGAGGUAUGAGUGUUAAAACGAUAGCGAUACUGUAAAAAUGUUUUUAUAUUUCCCAAAUCCAUUAACAGAUUUUUAUUUGCCUCUACUUAACUGUAUAGCAUGGCUAUGAUUCUAUGCAAUAUGUAUUCUUGAAUAGAUAUAUGGAGAGCAGUUUGUUUCACUCAGUGAAGCUUUAAUAUCGUGAGAUCACUUGGAAACUGGCAUAGCAAAAUCACUGCUGUAGCUGCAUGUCUCCUUUUUCAAUACAAUGUAAGUAUGUUUGUUGCGGUGGAAAUGGACCUGCGCACAGUUGGGAACUGAGGGACCAGAGUAUAUAGCCAAGAUUAACUAUAUGAGUGAAACAAAUAUUUUUUUCUGAAUAAAAAUAUUUAAAAUAUA